AUGUUUUUAGCAAGGUUACGUAUUGCCAGUAGAUGUUCUUCUAAUGGUGUGCUUAGAUCCACUUAUCGCAGUACUUUGAAAUCUAAUAUUAGGCUAUCAGGCUUGAAUGCGAGAUAUUCCACUAAUCCAGCUAAUUUUAAUGAUAAUAAUAGUUAUGAACGCCUCAAUAAACGUAGAAACGAGCUAAUGGGCAUCACCGUUGCUGCCGUUAUCACGCUUGGCGCUGUCCUUUACAUUUUACCUUCUAAGAAAAAUAACAAGAAAGCUUCAGAUGAAGUAAUAAUUCAAGUUACUGAAGUCACCAACAGCGACGAUGGUAGUAAUUCACCUCUAAUCGAGACCCCCGCCGUUGCAGAAAUUGAAGUUGAUGAACCAUUAGCUGUACCUGAACUCGAGGUUGCUCAAAAUAUUUCUUCGGAUGAUUUAGAUAAAGAUCUUAUCGAUAUUGGUGAAUCGGUUGUGGCAGAAAUUGUAAGUGAUUCUGUUACAGGUGGACAAUUGGAAACAGUUACAAAAAUUACAUCACCAGAUCAUGGUUCAGCUGUAGCUACUAUCGUAGAAGAAGCAGUUGAUACUGAAAAUGUCAAUGUUGACAAUGAUAAAUCUGCUCUAGAGCUGCAGGCCUUCGAGGAGGAAAAAUUGGGUGAGACUGAAGAAGAAGCUCAGCACGAAGGUGCAGUGAACCCAGACACUGGUGAGAUUAAUUGGGAUUGUGCAUGUUUAGGUGGUAUGGCUUAUGGUCCAUGCGGUGAAGAAUUUAAAGAGGCGUUUGCUUGUUUUGUUUAUUCAGAAGCUGAACCAAAAGGUAUCGAUUGCGUUGAAAAGUUCCAAGCCAUGCAAACUUGUUUCAGAAGAUACCCUGAUUACUAUGCUGAGCAAUUAAAAGAUGAAGAUGAUGCAACUGCUGAGGAAACAGAUAAAACUAAAACAGAUGCCUCAGCACCACCAGCACAAUCAGCACAACCAGAAAACUCUUCAAGUGAAUCUAGUGAAGCUUAA